GAAGUUGUAUUAAUGCUCAUCAGCGACAUGGUUAGUACGCUGAUCUUACUGCCAGGUUGACCAUUUCAUUAUUAUUAUUAUAUCUACUACUAUAAUAAAUAUUAUUGUUGGGUUGGUGGAGUUGAUUCAUAUCAUAUAGAACUUCAACUCUUUUGAAAUACAUAUAAAACAAACUGUCCAGUUUCUUCGUUGCUCGUAUCUUCCUUUCCUGUUUACCUCUUAGGAUAUGUUAACAUUUUUCAUUGAAUAAUGUCUCGACUUGGUGGCAACAACCUUAGUCCUGCCACUAGUUGUGGUAAUUCUGCUCCAGGCUCUGGUAACACAUCAAAUUACUAUGGCACAAGCCUCCGUGAGAAGAUGAAACAAAUGUCCAGACAGGAGCAAAUCAUUGAAGAAAAGAAGCGCAAAAUACAACAAAAGCUAGAAGAUGAAAUGAAAAAUCUGUCUUCUGAGAAGAUAUCAGAUUCUAGUGGUUCUGCUCCUGGAACUAACCUUGCUAAUAAAUUUAAAUCAAAACUAUUUGGUAAAAGACCAUCUUUACUGAAAAAGUACACAGACUUGAAAAAGCCCAAAGUUGAAAUCGAGGGUUUACCAACUGUGUCUCCACUUAACCCUGUAGUUACCACAGCCAGUCAGGAUAUGUUUGUCAAUGAUGGCAGCUUUCUGGAAAGGUUCAAGAAACUUCAGGGACUUGUGCCUUCUCAGCAAAGUGAUUCUGUAUCAAAAACUGGACCACAAGAAGAAAAACCUCAAAGUGUGACUCAAGUGCCUUGCUCAUCUUCACUACAAUCUCAGUGUUCAGUAACCAAAUCUGUCACCUCAACAAUUGCAUCCCAUCCAACGCCACUUCUACCAACUCCUACAUUAUCUGCUGUAAAAAUAUCAAAUUCUUCAGUUACACCAGUUAUUGGAUUAUCUUCAUCAUCUAAUUCUCAUUCUUCUACCAUUCCUUCUCCUCCAUCUGGUUCCAGCUGUAAAUCUUAUAAGCUUUCUAAUUCAAAUGCUUUAACUCUCAAUACAUCAUCGAUCUCUUCAGUGGAAGAUGAAGAUGAUAAAUAUGAUCCAACUUCACCAACUGAAGAUCUCAGUCCAGUAAAGCUUCAGCCCACAAGUGGACGGAAAGAAAACUUGUCUCACAAAACUGAUGACAGUGAAAACUGCUCUGUUGCAGCAGAAACAGAGAAACAAAAGAAUUUUGAAAUUACAUCAAAUGUACCUUCCCAGAAUGACUCAAAACAAACUCCAAACAACAGAAUAAAGAGCGAGGAUGCAGUUUUGAAAAAUUUGAAGAAAGAAGAAAAUGAAGAAAGAGUGAUUGUAGUCUCUCCAGCAGACGACCCGCAAGGACUUGUGGACCAACUAGCUGUAAUCAUUGCGCAGUGUGGCCCAGAAAUGGAAAAAAAAAUCUUGGCUGAAAAUAAAGAAAAUCCUUCUUAUUGGUUUUUGUAUGAUACUGAAUGUUCACUGCACAAAAAAAUGUGGCUGAAAAUUGAAGAAUUGCGUAGUUUAAAAAACACAGAAGACAUACAGAUGACUUCUACAGUAAAUACUGGUGAUAAUGGUUUAGCAGAAGGUAAAUGUGGGCGCAGGAAACGGCGAAGUCGGUGGGGUCCCCAUGAAGAAUUCUGUCCUCUUCCAUCUGACCUUUUAGACCCUAGUAGUAUUCCUGCUGGCUCUAGAACAAACGCAGUUCCCUGCCCUGUUGCUGUACAACCAUUACCAAUGACAUCAACUGCAGCUACUGUGUCUCGACCACCUGUUGUGACAAUUCAAGAUUUUGCCCGCAAGAUGGUUGGUAGUGAUUCGCUUUCUGAUGACCAGUUAAAACAGAUUAAAGAACAGAGAGAGCUUAACAUGAUGUAUGAGCUAAUUCUAGCUCAGAAGAAAGCCAAGGAAGCAGCAGUGAUGGCAGAGGCAGCUGGUAUUGCUCUAAAUCCUAUAUACGAGUAUGAUUCAGACGAGGAUGUAGAAGGUGGCACCUGGGAGCAUAAAAAAAGGAUGGCUGAAAUGAAUGCUACCAGAGAGUGGGCCGAACAGUUGACAGAAAUGAACAAAGGCAAACAUUUUAUUGGUGAUUUUUUACCUCCAGAUGAAUUAGAAAAAUUUAUGGAAACAUACAAUGCACUAAAAGAAGGACGAGAGCCUGACCUUUCUGACUACAAAGAAUUUAAGCUGACCUGCGAAAAUAUUGGUUACCAGAUGUUGCAACGUCUAGGUUGGCAAGAAGGAGAAGGCCUAGGAUCUGAAAGCCAGGGUAUAAAAACUCCAGUUAAUAAAGGUAUUCAAUCAGUUGAUGGUGGUGGAUUUGGAGUUGAGCGACCUGCAAAUCUUACAAAAGAUGAUGAUGAAUAUGAAGCCUUUAGAAAACGAAUGAUGCUUGCCUACAGAUUUCGACCUAAUCCAUUGAACAAUCCACGCCGGCCAUAUUACUGACGAAAGUUAAAACAGAAAACUUCAUUUGAAAAAAAAACUUAUAUUCAUCAGAGAAUGUUAUUUUCAUGUCCAAAAUCUAACAACUAUUAUAUUAUCAAUCUGUUGUUGGCUAUCUUGUGAAAAUGCACAAUAUAUCAUCAUAUCUGCUCUAUAUUCUGAUUUCUAAAGCCUAAUUUCUUUUUAGUCUUUCUGGCAAAAAAGUAUUCAAUAAGAGCUAUCUGGUAUUAAAGCCCCUCCCACUCCAUGUUAUUGACUGCUGUUUGUAAAAUAAGUGCAAGACAAAUUUCACUAUCUUUUUGAAUCUUUCAGUCAAUAAGAAACAUUUCAGCUUGUCAUAGUCAGCUUAGUGAAAAUUGAAGAGAUGUUCAACUUUUUUCUCUUGGGUUGUGAUGUUCUGCUCUAUAAUUAUAAUUUUUAUGUAUCUCCAGAAUGUCAAGUUAAAAGUACAAAAGCAGCAUGGAAAGUUUGCCUGGUGUAGCUUCUAUUAAUUUAAAUUGAACAAGCCACAAAUUCAUUGUGCAUGUACUAACUUGAACUGUCACAUUCCAUUUUGUGUUAGUCAGGGGGUUUGUUUUUUUGUUUUUUUUUUAUCUUUCUUCCUUCUCCAAAUGUUGACUAACUCUUGCAAAAUUAUGUCAGGUGAAAGAAAGAAGAACCAAAUCCCAAGAUAUUCCCUGUUUACUGUGAUCAUUAAAGCAUUAUUGAAGCAAU